AUGAUUCCCCCGCACGGGUUGGAAGGCCUCGCGGACGGCCACCUCGAGGCCACGUUACAGCUGUCUAUCCUACGGAUACGACUGCCGAGAGCCCGGCGUUCUAUCGCGGCGACGUCACUGUGGAGCGCUGCGUCCGGCAUGAGUGGGUCUCUGUCUCUGGCUAUCGUCCUCGUCGAGCGGGUCUGUGCGUCUAUCGACGGCACCGCUGCGGGCGGCGUGGGCGGUGACGUGGGCGUGUCCAGCGGCGCGAGCAAUAGCUUCACGAGCGGCAAUGUGCUGAUGCACACUCCGGAUGGCGGCGUGGGCGCAAACAGCACGGCCGCUUCGUCGGGCCUGAUCAAACUGACAACGGGCUGGGCUCGGCGGGCGCCUUGCGGCAACGGCGGAUCCGUCUUGCUCAGCGUGGGCACGGGCAGCAGCGGUGCUGGCGAGGCUAUCUCGCUGCGGUUUGGUGACACACAGGCUGGAACAGGAGCGGCUCUUGCAGCGCAGGUGACGUGUCUGACUGCGGGGGCGAAAAGACAAGUGACCAACCUGAUCAGGAAGAACCUCGUCAUCAGAUGCCGCAAGCCCGUGUCCUCCGUGUUUGAGCUGCUGCUGCCGCCCGUGCUGACGCCCUUGUUCGUGUUCAUCGCCAACCUGGACUCGAUCUUCGGUACCGGGGGCAACUACAGCAGCUCGGCCACGGGCACCAUUAUGUACACGGGACUGGACUCGCCGGCGUACACGGACUACGGAGCGCUGAGUACCAACAUACCGACGUUCUACAGCAGCGGCCAGAGCGUGAGGCACUUCCUGCUGAUCAGCUACAUCAAGUUCGUGUCCACGACCACGACGGCCACGAUGAUCGAGAAGAACCGGAGACCUAACAGCUCGUCCACGUAG